AUGACUACAACUAGAGGUCCACUGCCUCCAUCGCCACCACCUAUGCGCUCAGACUCCGUGGUCGAAACUGCUCACAGUCCUACUUCAGUGGCCGGUCAAUCUUACUUUCUCGGAUCAUCUCUGAACAACAUGGAGCCUCAUCAACAGAGGUCGAUGCCCGUGAAGCGUCAUUCUGUGCCCAUGCCUAAUGGUGGCAUGUACACAACAUCGCCUUACACGAUUGCUGCCUACAACUCCUCACCCAGCGCGAUGUCGACCAGCUCUUACUAUUCAGCCGAUGGUGUAUACGGAAUGAACGGUGUCUAUCAACAGCGACCACUACCUUCAAAUUUUCCUCCCGUCAUGCCAGGCGCUGUGAUUGCAGCAUCCAGUAUCCCCGCACCGAAUAUGUGGGAACAUCACCAUUAUAUCGCUCCUUCUAGCCAGGCAACGUAUCCACAGUCACAAGAUCGCUAUGUCUGUCAGACUUGCAACAAAGCAUUCUCGCGGCCGAGCAGUCUUAAGAUUCACAACUACAGCCAUACUGGAGAGAAGCCGUUCAAGUGUACGCAGCCAGGUUGUGGAAAGGCAUUCAGUGUUCGGAGCAACAUGAAACGGCAUGAGAGAGGUUGCCACGCAGGAUCAUCCAAUAUGAUGGCUUGA